CUGGACUUCUCCCUACGCCAAAUACUCCUAAAAUUCAUUCUCCAAACCCAGAAGAUUAUGUCAAAUGUUCCUAUUAUCCUAUACCAGUUCAAGCGGUCAACAUCAUCGAGAGUUUUAAUAUUCGUUGUCAACCAACUUGGGAUAUUAAUGUUGCGACUAAAUAUGUCAAAUUCAAAGCCGAAUGGGACCUUUGUGGCCAAGUAUAUACGAGCGUCAAUGUUGAUGUAUUUCCUAAAUCAGUCCUUGGCUCCCUAGCUACAUAUAACCUCGAUCAACCGUUCUGGAAUACUUCGUUUACUGGCAAGAAACUUUGUUUGAAAUUAGAAUGGAAAGUGCCUAGUCAGCAUUCUCGUAUUAAUGUUUCAAAUUCAUCAAUCUACAACCAAAAUUCAACUGAUUUCGCCCUUAAUUCCUCAACAAACAGUCCUUCAAGUUUUUCUACACCCUAUCGCGUCGCGAUAAUCAAAGUUAUCAAGCGGACUCUG